ACCGUAAGAGGAAGCGGAAGUGACGUUUUUCUCGGCAGUGUAAUGAAUAUGGCUGCGGUGUAGGGAAUAGAGUAAAUAAACACAUUCUCUUUCAUUUUGCCCUAAAUAACCCGUUAUAUUGAGUCCGUUUACGAAGCGACACGAUGACGAACCGCACGGCGUAUUUUUAUGAUCCAGAUGUGGGGAACUUUCAUUAUGGUGCUGGACACCCAAUGAAACCUCACCGCCUGUCUCUCACACACAGUCUUGUGCUUCAUUAUGGACUAUAUAAGAAAAUGAUGGUUUUUAAACCAUACAAGGCGUCUCAGCAUGACAUGUGCAGGUUUCACUCUGAAGAUUACAUCGACUUCCUGCAGAAGGUCAGCCCAAAUAACAUGCAGGGCUUCACCAAGAGUCUCAACACCUUCAACGUAGGAGACGACUGUCCUGUUUUUCCAGGUUUGUUUGAGUUUUGUUCGCGAUACACAGGUGCCUCCUUGCAGGGAGCGACUCAGUUAAAUCACAAGAUAUGUGACAUUGCCAUUAACUGGGCUGGAGGUUUGCAUCAUGCUAAAAAGUUUGAGGCCUCUGGGUUUUGCUAUGUGAAUGACAUUGUCAUCAGUAUUCUUGAACUGCUGAAGUAUCAUCCACGCGUGCUGUACAUUGACAUUGAUAUUCAUCAUGGUGAUGGAGUUCAGGAGGCAUUUUAUCUCACAGACAGGGUCAUGACCGUAUCCUUCCACAAAUAUGGAAACUACUUUUUCCCAGGAACAGGUGAUAUGUAUGAGGUGGGAGCUGAGAGCGGCCGCUAUUACUGCCUGAAUGUCCCAUUGCGUGAUGGCAUUGAUGAUCAAAGCUACAGACAGUUGUUUCAGCCAGUCAUCAAGCAAGUGGUGGAUUUCUAUCAGCCAACGUGCAUCGUUCUUCAGUGUGGUGCAGAUUCAUUGGGUUGUGAUCGAUUAGGAUGCUUCAAUCUAAGCAUACGAGGCCACGGAGAGUGUGUGGAGUUUGUAAAGGGCUUCAAGAUCCCUCUGCUUGUGCUUGGAGGUGGAGGAUACACCGUGCGAAAUGUUGCUAGAUGUUGGACAUAUGAGACUUCAUUGCUAGUUGAGGAGUCCAUUAGCGAUGAGCUGCCAUAUAGUGAAUACUUUGAAUAUUUUGCUCCAGACUUCACACUUCACCCAGAUGUCAGUACAAGGAUAGAAAACCAAAAUUCUAGACAAUAUUUGGAUCAGAUUCGUCAAACUGUGUAUGAGAAUCUGAAGAUGUUAAAUCACGCACCAAGUGUUCAGAUCCACGACGUUCCCUCUGACUUGCUCAGCUAUGAGCGACCGGAUGAGACCGAUCCAGACGAGAGGGGAUCAGAGGAAAACUUUUCCAGGCCUGAAGCAGGGAAUGAGUUUUAUGAUGGGGACCAUGAUAAUGAUAAAGAAAGUGAUGUUGAGAUCUGAUGAAGGUCAUCUAGUAAUCUGGCUCUUGUCUAUUGGAACGUGACUUGGUUUUUUAACCCAACCAUCAAGACAACAUUCCCUCUCAUAACCAUAUUACUUGACUGCAGUGAUGAUGGGGUUAAAGAUCUCAUGCUGUAGUGUUUGCAAUGUUUCAUUGUCAUGAACAUUUUCACUUUAUCAAAGAGAUACAGCACACAUCAGCUAUAAGAAGAUAAACAAGUGGGAACGUCACAGUGGUUCCUGUAUACUACACAUAAUACAUUUGUAUAAAGAAUCAUGUGAAACUGUCUUGGACUAUCCAAUAGGGACAUUAUUUACGUAAUAUUUUUGCCUUCGUAUUUUCAUUGUUUAUAGAAAGUUUCUGUAAUAAAUUUGUUGAAACAUUUAAAA